AUGGAUAUGGUGGGCAGGGACCUGGAUUUUGUGUUCAUCUACCUGGACGACAUCCUAGUCGCGAGUCGUAUCCGACAAGAACACCAUAUGCAUCUCAGACAGCUUUUCCAGAGGUUAAGUGAACAUGACCUGGCCAUCAAUCUGGCUAAAUGCCAGUUUGGCCUCUCCUCCAUCAAUUUUCUUGGCCAUCGCAUUGACCAAAACGGAGCCGUUCCACUUCCAGCCAAAGUCGAUGCUAUUUGCAGGUUCCCAAAACCCACUACUGAGAUAGGACUCCAGGAAUUUAUUGGUAUGGCAAAUGGGAUGGUGGAACGUUUUCACAGACACAUGAAGACUACCUUUAAAGCAAUGGCCAGUGGUCCAGACUGGAUGGGUGAACUACCGUGGGUCUUAUUGGGUAUACACACUGCUCUGAAGGAUGACUUGGCAGCUUCUUCGGCUGAACUGGCAGACGUGCUUCAUUCAUCACUCAUGAAGAUAUACGAAGGGCCUUUCCGGGUAUUGCAGCGUCAGCUCAAGCCCUUUAUCAUUGACUAUGGAGGCCGCCACGAGACUGUCUCGGUAGAUCGUCUGAAACCGGCUCAUUUAGACUUCGACAGGUGCAGUUGGCGCAAUCCCGCUCUGGAGGGCUACCACUACGACAUGCGCCGACACGCUCUUCGCCUCAGGUCACCAGAUCAGGACGUCCUUCUCUGGAGACGACCUGACCGUCUCCAGUAUUCCUGUUGUGGGGGAAGGGGUCAUGCGGCGCACCAGACCACUGAAUCUUCGAACUGUGGUUCUACCAACUUGAGUCUCGCCACCGAAACUCCACCACGGUCCGUAGCUCGAGCUCUCUCGUCACUCUAG